GCAGCUGCGGGCGAGCAGAGUGCGCGGCGCGGGCACAGCGGCGGAGGCAGCCCGUCCCUCCGAGCACCAUGUCCGCAGCUCCCGCCAGCGACGGGGUGUUUGUCGUCCUCCCGCCCAGCAACGCCCCUGGCCUCCGCCCACCUCCGGCCAACCUGCCUGCCUCCAGGUGCCAGCCCCCCGGGGUCCUGCAGUUCGAGGAGCCGCCGCUGGGGGCGCAGACGCCAAGGGUCACCCAGCCGCCCGACCUGCGGCCCAUGGAGACAUUCCUGACCGGAGAGCCCAAAGCUUUAGGGACCGUGCAGAUCCUCAUCGGCCUCAUCCACCUGGGCUUCGGCAGCGUGCUGCUCAUGGUCCGCCGCGGUCACGUAGGGAUGCUCUUCAUCGAAGGCGGCGUCCCCUUCUGGGGAGGAGCCUGCUUUGUCAUCUCUGGGUCGCUCUCAGUAGCAGCCGAGAAGAGCCACACCAGCUGCCUGGUGCGGAGCAGCCUGGGGACGAACCUUCUUAGUGCCAUUGCAGCCUUUGCGGGGACAGCCAUUCUGCUCAUGGAUUUUGGUGUCACUAACUGGGAUGUGGGCAGGGGCUAUCUGGCCGUGCUUACCAUCUUCACCAUCCUCGAGUUCUUCAUCGCGGUAAUUGCCACCCACUUUGGGUCCCAAGCCACCCGCGCUCAAGCCAACACGCCUGUGAUUUUCCUGCCCAACGCCGUCAGCACGGACUUCAACAUCCCCAGCCCCGCAGCCUCUCCGCCCCCCGCCUAUGACAAUGUGGCAUAUAUGCCCAAGGAGUCAUCCGAGUAG